CGAAAUUCUUCUCGAAGUUGGAUUUGAAGUCGGGCUAUCACCAAAUCUCGAUACGCAUGCAAGAUCGCUACAAAUCCACGUUCAAAACGCGGUACGGGCAUUUUGAGUGGGUCAUUAUGCCUUUUGGCCUCACCAAUGCCCCAACGACUUUUCAAGCGGCAAUAACCAACGAGUUUCGUGCGAUGUUGGACCGGUUUGUGCUAGUCUACUUAGACGACAUUCUCGUUUAUAGCCGGACAGUAGAGGAUCAUCUUGAGCACCUUCGACGAGUGUUGGAGACGCUCCGCCGCGCCAAGUACAAAGCCAACCGCGACAAGUACGAAUUUGUCCGGCAAGAGUUGGAAUACUUGGGCCUUUUUGUCACACCGGAGGGCAUCAGUCCGAUGUCGGACAAGAUUCAAGCCAUCCAAGAGUGGCCAGAACCGCAGAACGUCCUUGGCCUUGCCAGCAACUACCAACGUUUUAUCAAGGGACACUCGAAGAUCGCGGCCCACUUGACCAAGCUUCAAUGCCAGGAUCUUCUGUUUGACUUCGGAGAGGAUGCGAGGGAAUCAUUUUUGGCUCUCGAAGCCGUGCUAUUAUCGGCGGAGGUCUUGCGCAUAUACGACCCGCUAUUGCCAACACGUGUCACUACGGAUGCGUCCGGCUAUGGCAUUGGUGUUGUCCUCGAACAACACAAUGGCGUGGACUGGCACCCUGUCGAGGACUUCAGCAAGAAAGUGCCCGUCAUGCACUCCAUUGAUGAUGCACGCAAGGAGGAGCUCCUAGCCUUCAUCCACGCGCUCAAGUGGUGGAGGCACUUCCUCCUUGCUCGAAGCCGAUUCCGAUUGGUAACGGACAACAAUCCGUUGGUCUUCUACAAGACCCAAGACACCAUCAAUAGCACCAUCGCCUGUUGGAUGGCUUUCAUCGACCAAUUCGAUUGCUUUCCGGAUCACAUUCCGGGGAAGUCGGACCGUUUUGCGGAUGCUCUUUCACGACGUUCUCACUACCGGAUCCAAGAGGGGUACUUGCUUGUCCACACGCGGGGGAACGACCUUCUUUGCGUACCGAGUUACUCUCACUUGCGUACACUACUUCUUGGCGAGUUCCACCAUGCUCCCGCCACCAGACACUUUGGAGUCGAUCCCACGAUUGGCGAACCUCGCGAGCGAUUUUGGUGGCCCGGCCUUCUCGGUGACGUCACACGCUAUUGCGAGUCAUGCAAGGUUUGCCGACGCUGCAAAUCCCGCAACCAUCGUUCGUACGGCCAGUUGUGACCAUUACCGGUCCCCUUGCGCCAAAGGCAAGCGAUUGCCAUGGACAUUAC